AUGAAUUCUUUACAAACAGAGACGCGGCAUAUACGGCCUUAUGUACAUUAUCAUUGCGGUUGUCCUGAUGUUAAUAAUCCUACUACUAGCAUAGAAUCAGAGAAGGAAGAAGAGACCUUUAAUAUUUAUUCACCUGGAAUACAUUUUUCUACUUUUCCUAUAUCUAAAUUAUAUUUUUGUGACGAUUGUCAUCAAAUAAGAUGUCCUAGAUGUGUCCAAGAAGAGAUAGUUUGUUAUUACUGUCCUAAUUGUUUAUUUGAAGUCCCAACAGCCAGUGUGAAAAGUGAGAGAAAUAGGUGUGCACGUAAUUGUUUUCAAUGUCCGAUAUGUCAAAACACACUUUCAGUUGUAGCUAGUAGUGAGCCACAACCAACUCCAUUACCUAUCUCACCUACCAUGCCUACCGUUUCAGCCACCGGAGCACCGUAUUAUCUUUCAUGUGGUGUUUGUCGUUGGGAUUCACAAGAGAUAGGAAUGACUUUUGAAAAGGCAACUGGUCUAGCAUUACAACUUCAAAAGACUGAGGAUGAGAGACCGGAUGUUAAAGAAUUUGAUCAUCUUAAAGAUCAAUUUGAAAAACACUUGCGACAUAACACACCUUCUACAACCCUACCCUCUUCUUUAUUAUCUAUUCCAGGAAUGUCAAUGAAUAGUUUUAGCAGUAGGUAUGGUAACACCGGAUUGGCUCAUGCUCAGCAAAAAUCGGAUGAUGUUGAAAAGUAUGAAGCUGCCGUCGAUAAAGUUGAACCUGAAAGUGGAUUGGUUGAUGACUUGGUUCAUUUAACAGACGUAAACCAAAUUACUACAUUAACUCAAAGAAUGAAUCAACUUAGUGAUCAACCUUACAAAGUGGAGCGUCUUCAACCACAACGAAUCCAUCUUCGCACAAAGCGUGUAAAGAGAUGUCGUUCGUGUCGUCAUAUUCUCAUUAAACCAGAGCAAAAGGCUCAAGCGACACGAUUCAAGAUUAAACUUGUUGCAUUGAAAAACAUUCCAAAGAUUACCAUAGCAAGUUUACCAAAACUUAUCCUUAAUCAACGUACACAAAUUGUUUUGAAAUUUUCAAAUCCAUUAUAUGAAGAAAUUUCGGUUGAUUUAACUAUACAAGAGGAAACUAAUGAAUGUGGAAAAGUUACGAUCCUUGCGCCACAUUUUAAUAUUACACCAUAUAAUGAAGUAUUGGAAUAUGAAGAGGAUUUAAUUUCAUCAAGGCGUGCUGCAAAAGCUGAUAUUGGUAUUUAUGAAAAGCGUGGUAAUUCUACAAGUAUCAUACUUGAAAUCACUCCAUUAGCCGAAGUUGAAGAAUUCAAAUUUCCCCUUUUGGUUAAAUAUACUAGUAAAAACACCGAAAAUAAUGAGAAUGAUGGUGUCACAACAGAAGAAAAAUCAUCAGAAGAAACCAAUUCUUCAAAAGCUGUAGCAAGCGAUGAAAUUUCUGCAGAUGAAAGUAAUGAAAUCACAAAAUCUUUAUCUUUCUGGACUGUUAUAGGAUUGGGAAAUGUUAUUAAAGCACCUGCAGGAACGUCAGGUACAACGGUUAAAGGACCAAGAACGGAACCUUCUGGAUCAAAAGGAUCAUCAUCAAGAGGUUCAAGUAGUGGUAAUCGUUCUGGAACUAGCAACUCAAAAUCUUAA